AUGGCAGUUACGCCAGAAGAAGCACUUCUCAUUCGCAAACUAAUCGCAAACGAUGAUGCUUCACUUGCUCACCUUCAGGCAUCCAAACCAACCGCCGAAGAGGCCAUCCAGGCUGCGCAAAUUUCACUGGAAGCUGCAGAAGUAUCGGUUGCUGAAGCAAGGCUCGCUAGUGUCUCUAUUGCACCUCUGGGAGCAGCCACCUUCCUGUCACAGUGGAGCAGCUACAAGGAGGAGGAACUUGACCUGAUUUUGGAGUAUAUGCGAUCCUGUACGGAUAUAAAGACCUUGCCCCUGGGUGGAGACACCGUGGAACGUGUAAUGGCGGCACUUGGUGACCGUCCAGGGGCACUAUUGAGCAUCUCAGAGUUGAAUGUCUUCUCAUAUGGAGUAUCAAUCGAAACUAUCGAGCGUCACUUGACGACUGCGUGUAGAGUGGACCGAGACCGACGAUAUGAGGGAGAUGGCAUGGAUAUAGAUACACCAAGUAUCGAUACAGCGAAUAUGGUGACUCCAUUCUCCCAAAUUACGUUAAUCUCCUUCACCGAUUGCCCUCUCAUUACGCCGGAGAUGGAGAAGACGCUCAGCGAAGUGCUUUGCUAUUACACCGGAUACUCAGUCGAGUCGGGUGUGAUUCAGACGACGUGA